AUGGAGGCGGUGAAAGCUUUUAACAACGAGCUCUACUCGUUAAACGAGUACAAACCACCGAUCUCCAAGGCCAAGAUGACCCAAAUCACCAAGACUGGCAUCAAGGCCAUUAAAUUCUACAAGCAUGUUGUCCAAAGUGUAGAAAAGUUCAUACUAAAGUGCAAACCAGAGUACAAAGUUCCCGGGCUGUACGUCAUAGACUCUAUAGUCAGACAGUCCAGGCAUCAGUUUGGGACCGAGAAGGAUGUCUUUGCUCCUCGCUUCAGCAAAAAUAUAAUUUCAACAUUUCAGUACCUCUACCGCUGUCCUCCGGAUGACAAGAGCAAGAUUGUGCGAGUGCUAAACCUUUGGCAAAAAAAUGCUGUUUUCAAGAGUGACAUAAUCCAGCCACUAUUGGACAUGGCAGCCGGCCUUCCUCCUCCCAGUGUCACACCUGUCAUGUCCAGCAGUGCUGCUCCAGUCAAUAAUGCCACACCUGGUACACCGGCAACCCCUGCUACACCUGCCAAUAUGGUUCAGGCUCUGCCAGACUGGGCCUCACAGAUCUCCAACACAGACACUGUCGCUGCUGUGGCCCAGAUAUUACAAAGUCCCCAGGGACAGCAGCUGCAGCAGCUGGUGCAGAGUCUGCAGAUGCAGCAGCAGAAGCCUCAGCCUUCUCUGCUGCAGGCUCUGGACGCAGGUCUGGUGGUGCAGCUCCAGGCCCUGACUGCACAGCUCACUGCUGCUGCCACAGCCAAUACCCUGAACCCUCUGGAACAGAGAGUCUCAUCUUUUAACAAGAAACUUCUUGGUCCAUUUGAUUUUGGAAAUGAUUCCGAGCGCAAUGAAGAAUCUAAGAAAGAUACAUCGUCCCAAUUGCCUAUAGUGUCUGAGCCCAUCAACAGCGCCUUGUUCCAUCAGCUGGCUGAGCAACUUCAGCAGCAAAACCUAGAGCAGUUUCAGAAGCAGCUCAUGGAGCACCAGCAGCACCAGAAGGCAUUGGGUCAUGACAGUAAAGACUCAGUUUUUGGCCAAGACAGCAGUGCAGCUGCCCAGAGCAGCAGCCAAUCACUACAUCCUGAAUCCGAGAAGAUGGAUGAUUCAAUAGAUAAUCAACAACAGGAUAUGGAUCUUGAUGAUGGCCCAGAUGGACUUGAAGAGGAGAUUCUAGAGGCAGAGGAGAAGAGGAACGUCAGCACUCGGUCAAGGACACGAUCACGCUCCCGCUCUCGAUCGCCCAAAAGGAGAAGGUCCCGGUCACGCUCAGGAUCUCGAAAACGCAAGCACCGCAGACGCUCGCGCUCACGCUCGAGAGAACGCAAGAGGAAAAACUCGCGCUCCUACUCCAGUGAAAGAAGAGCCCGAGAGAGGGAGAAGGAGAGACAGAAGAAAGGGCUUCCGCCUGUUCGUUCCAAGACUCUUAGUGUGUGUAGUACAACUCUGUGGGUGGGCCAAGUGGAUAAGAAAGCAACUCAACAAGAUCUCACCAACCUUUUUGAGGAGUUCGGACAGAUUGAGUCUAUCAAUAUGAUUCCUCCAAGAGGCUGUGCCUACAUCUGUAUGGUCCAUAGACAGGAUGCAUACCGUGCCCGCCAGAAACUCAGCACAGGAUCCUUUAAGAUAGGCUCUAAGGUCAUUAAGAUUGCCUGGGCCCUCAACAAAGGUGUAAAGCAGGAGUAUAAGCAGUUUUGGGACGUAGACUUGGGCGUUACCUACAUACCUUGGGAGAAGGUGAAAGUGGAUGACCUGGAUGGGUUUGCUGAAGGAGGAAUUAUUGACCAGGAGACCGUAAAUAAUGAGUGGGAGACCGCAAAGAAUACAGAAAGUGUCAAAGAAAGUGUAACUCCAACAGCGGCUGUAGAAAGUGCACCUCCAUCUAACCCUCAGCCCGAGAGCUUCAACCAGCAGGUCACAAUGAUGCCUGUUCAGAUCCCUGUGGCUCCAGCUUUGCCCAGUGCAGUGGGUUUAGUGCCUCCUUUUUCUAUGUCAUUGGGAAUCCCUCCUCCAGGAUUUGCACCACCACCCUUUUUAAGGGCAGGGUUUAAUGCUACUCAGCCGCCUCCAGGAUUUUUGCAAACAACACAGGCUACAGCUCCUACAUCUCUUGUGCAGCCUUCUGUUACUUCAAACCAAGAUGGAAUGAAGGAUUCACCAUUCGGUGCACUAAUUCCACCAAACAGCACUAUUCCUGGGAACUUCAUGCCUUCAGCCAUUCCUGGAGCUAGUGUGUUUACCCCAAUGGGACUUCAGACACAGCAGGCAGCCAACGAGAAAGCUCAGUCUGAAGGCAUGGAUAAUGCUGCAGAGCUCACACUGCAGGGGAUGCAGAAUGCAGUGCGCAGCGGCAUGGGCCUCUUGGGUAUGCACCCUUCAGCCUCCCUCGCUCACCCUGGUCUGUCAGCACCACGUCUGCCGGGAUUGUUGCCUCUGGAUGUGCGUCCCAACCUGCUGAGUGGGGCGGGACGCUUCCCUCUUUUAAUGCAACAAGGACUACUGGACGGCUCUCUACAGGCCCGGGCCAGAGCCCCCUUUUCUCAGUUAGACCAUUUUAAUAGAGCCCCUAAUCUAAACAAUGAAAGUAUAACAAAGACGGAAGAAAAGUCUUCCACUGGGGCUGAUGAGGGGAAAGACCAAGACUACCGUUUCCCCCCAAUGGAGAAGCCGAGUACUGGCUUACUGCGGACCCCGCCCCCAGAGCAACGAGAGUCUUUGGGGACCCCUAGCAGCGGUCGGCCUCCCCUACUGCAGACCCCUGGAACGCCUGGUAGUCAGCCAGCCAGGACAAGCCUCGCCGGGCGGCUCCAGGCUCUUGCUGGCUUCACCCCUGAUAACCGCUGGGGUCAAGCCAGAGGGGACUUUGACGAACGCAAUCGCACCGUUCCUGGGCAGAACUUCCCCAGUCGCUUUGACAACCGUGCUGGAGCAACACCUGCCCCACCUCAACCCUGGAGUCGUGGAACUGGUCCCUCUGCUACUUUUGAAGGUGACGUACACCAAGAUUUAGACGAGCGUAGGCGGCCGUGGGACCGGCAGCGAGACCGGGACGAGCGAGACUUUGAUUUCAGACGAGAGAUGAAUGGGGGUCGUCACAGCCGAGAGAGAGAGCGAGACAGGGACAGGGACAGAGACAGAGAGAGGGAGAGGGAGCGAGACAGGGACAGAGACAGAGAGAGAGAAAGAGACCGUGGGCGAGAUCGCCCCCGAGAGGCUGAGCGUGAAAGAGAUAAAGAGCGGGACAGAGAGCGAGGGAACUGGACUCCCCUUCUGCCUCUACCCACACCUCUGCUUCCAACACCACCCCUCACUUCAAACGUGGCUCUAAACCCCACCAAAAUGUUAACGCCGUUGAAGUUAAAUCCUCCCAUUCAGUCACGCUUCCAGGCCCCUCCACUGACCCCAGCCCGGCCUCCACUCCUGGGCCUUCCUCUGCCACAACCUUUAGUUCAAACUAAAUCCCCCCCUCCGUCACAGAGCCAGCAGUCUGUGCCAGAGCCCCAAGAGAAGAACAUUGUUCCUUUGGUGCCUAAAACACAAGCUCCCCCUCCACAUGCUGCAGUAUCACAUGAGAGUCCAGCGGUUUUAAGUCAGUCCCCCGACUUUGUCCCAUCACCAACUGAGACCCCACAGCAGACACUCUCACCGGCUUGUCCAGCUGCCCAGUCCCCUCCUUUAAUGAGCUCUCCAGAGCGUCUGGUCCAAGACUCUACACUUCCUACAGAGAUGUCCCAUGAGGAAGCUCAUGAGGGAUCCAACGACAGGUCCCCUGAUUGGUCCCACAGUGGGUCUCAUGAGGCGUCCAAAGAGGAGUCUCGUAUGGAUUGUCGUAAGCAGUCCCAUGAGGAGUUUAAUAAGGAGUCCCAUGAGGAGUCACAUAAGGAGUUUUAUGAGGAGUCUCAUAAGGAGUCCCACGAGGAGUCUCUAAAGGACUUUUAUGAGGAGUCUCAUAAGGAGUCCCAUGAGGAGUCUCACGAGGCGCCUAAUGAGGUGUCACAAGUUGCAUCCUACAACUCCUGCGUGACACGUGUGAAUGAGGAGCACAGCCCCCCUCCAGAGAAGCAGGAGGAGCACACACAUGUGGCUGUGAGCUCCCCUUCGCUCUCCUGGGAGAAAGGACCUGGUAUGAACACAUGCGUGACUGAGCCUGCUGCAGAGCUCACUCCAGAGCUUUCCUCUGACUCUGUGCCUCCCACAAAUGAAGCGGAGCAGGAUCCAGAGCAGGGGCAGUCUGGUUCUCCUGAGGACAGUGUGAAUAAUUCAAAGAGUGAGUCUACGGCGGAAGCUGCCAGUCAGCCUGUGCUAGACUGUGUCCCAGACACUGACGGGACAUAA